UGUAUUCGACCCCUAGCCGAGGGUUUCCUUUCUUGUUGACCCUCCCACCGGCCAGGGCAGAAGGCGAAGGCGAAGGCGAGUCCCUCAUCGACGAUUCGCAUCCCAAUUCCCCCUCCAGGGCCUGUUCCGCUCGUCAUGGCUUCCGGAAACCAAGAGGGCAAGACUGGUUCAGAUGAGAACAAGACUUCCGCAGCUGAAGCAUCGUCUACCCAACAGCAAGCAGGACGCCGUAGGACGACUUCAACUCCAGCAACUGGGUUUCCGACAAAUCCUUUUGAUUUUUCUUCUAUGCAGAACCUGCUGAAUGACCCUACUAUAAAAGAAAUGGCUGAGCAGAUUGCGCAGGACCCUGUGUUCAGCCAAAUCGCUGAACAGCUUCAAAAGAGUGUCCAUAGUGCAGGGCAAGAAGAUGUACCUUCGUUGGAUCCUCAGCAGUAUAUGUCAACCAUUCAGCAAGUCAUGCAAAAUCCUCAAUUCACGAAAAUGGCUGAACACCUUGGAAAUGCAAUCAUGCAGGAUCCUGUUAUGUCUUCAGUGCUUGAGAAUUUGUCAAAUCCUGCUCAAAAAGAGCAAAUGGAGGAACGAAUGGCUCACAUGAAGGAAGAUCCAUCUCUGAAGGCAAUUCUUGAAGAGAUAGAAAGCGGAGGUCCAUCUACGAUGAUGAAGUACUGGAAUGAUCCCGAAGUUCUACAAAAGAUUGGUUCGGCUAUGGGAAUUGCACCUUCAGGUGAUGGUGCUACCUCUACCGAGCAGUUAGGACCUGAAGAAACAGAGGAUGAUGAGGAAGAAUCUGUUGUUCAUCAUACAGCUAGUAUUGGUGAUGUUGAGGGUUUGAAGAAGGCUUUAGAUUCUGGGGCAGAUAAGGAUGAAGAGGACUCUGAGGGAAGAAGACCUUUGCAUUUUGCAUGUGGCUAUGGUGAGGUGAAAUGUGCUCAGAUCCUUCUUGAAGCAGGAGCUGCAGUUGAUGCACUGGACAAGAAUAAGAACACUCCACUUCACUAUGCUGCUGGUUAUGGGCGCAAGGAGUGCGUGGGACUUCUUUUGGAGCAUGGUGCAGCUGUCACUCUGCAGAAUUUGGACAAGAAGACGCCAAUUGAUGUUGCCAAGUUGAACGAUCAACAUGAAGUUCUGAAGUUGCUUGAAAAGGAUGUCUUUCUUUAGACAUAUGAUUGCUUCUUUGGGUUCUGCACGAGAGAGUGAAAGUUGCUGUAGUAGGCAGGUGUGCUUGUCUUGGUAAAUUUGGCUGUUUCCAGUUUAUCGUGUUUCUUUCUUGGUUCCUAGUUCCAGGAUCUUCACUGGAUUUACGUGGCAUCGUCCCUGCGCACAAAAUUAUGAACCUAGGAUGGACCAUGCGUUGUUGAAUCACUCAGUUGACUUUAGUGUUCUACCAUUCGGGUAUCAUAUUGCAUUCAUUAGGAAAAAUGUGAAUGGUGAAUAUUGUUUACAUGAACUCGUUAUGUUGCUAUA